CCCUUUGGCUCCGGACAGCAGCGGUGCAGCCCCUCUUCGGGGUGGGGGACUCUCGUUACUCGCCAGUUUUCCUGCGUCGGAUAGUUUUUUCCACAAAGACCGCCGGACACCGUCAGUUCAUGGAGGGAAACUGAACCCGGCCGCCGAUCGUGUUGUUUUCCCAGAGCUCUCUCCAGGUUUUCCUGAUUUCCUCUCAACUAAGGGUCCGUUUGGUGCGUCGGGAAGAUGCACUUCCGCACCGUCCUUGACGUUAACGUCGUGGACGUGCAGAAGAGAAGGAACCCCUCCAAACACUACGUCUACCUUAUCAAUGUCACCUACUCAGACUCCAGCUCCCAUAUCAUCUACCGAAGAUACAGCAAAUUCUUCGAACUGCAGAUGCGAAUCCUUGACAAAUUCCCAAUCGAGGGAGGACAGAAGGAUCCCAAGAAGAGAAUCAUUCCUUUUUUACCAGGUAAAGUCUUGUUUCGUCGCAGUCACAUCAGGGAUGUGGCUGUCAAAAGACUGAAGCAUCUGGAUAAUUACUGCAAAGCUCUGAUGAAACUUCCCUCUUUAAUUUCGGAAAGCGAGGAGGUCCUUAAGUUCUUUGAAACCCGAUCAGAGGACCUUAACCCUCCCAAAGAAGACUGCGGAGGAUCCGGUAGACGGAAAUCAGGUCUGGAUGGUUCGGACCCCAUGCUCCUGGAACAAUAUGUGGUGGUGGCCAAUUACGAGAAACAAGAGCCUGCAGAGAUCAGCCUUCAAGCGGGCGAGCUGGUCGACGUCAUUGAGAAGAGCGAGAGCGGUUGGUGGUUUGUCAGCACUGCAGAGGAGCAGGGUUGGGUUCCCGCUACCUAUCUCAACUCCCACAAUGGGACACGGGACGAUUUGGAGCUGGGUGCCUCCAAAGCGGGGGAAGUUACUAAGCGACAUAAGGCUCAUCUGAAGAGGCUGGACCGGAGAUGGACGCUGGGGGGUGUCAUCAGUCGGCAGCAGAGCCGAGAGGAGAAGUACAUCACAGUACAGCCUUACUCCAGUGAGGGUAAAGAUGAAAUUGCUUUUGAGAAAGGAGUCAUUGUUGAGGUCCUUCAGAAGAACCUUGAAGGCUGGUGGUUCAUCAGAUACCAAGAUAAAGAGGGCUGGGCUCCAGCGUCCUACCUCAAGAAAGUGAAGGAUGAUUUGUCUCCCCGUAAGAAGACCGUAACAGGCCCAGUGGAGAUCAUCGGAAAUAUCAUGGAGAUCAGCAACCUGUUAAACAAGAAGGCCUUAAGCGAGAAGAACGUGCAGACUGAAGGUGUCCCUGCGAGUCCACAGGUUGCCAGAAAGGAGAUCAGCUUGCCUAUCCCCUGCACUGAAUCCAGCCCAGUUCAUGCCCCACUGGAGGGAAAAGGCAAAAUAGAGCCAGCCUCACCAGCUGUAGCCCGGAUUGCCCCGCAACGUGUGGAAAUAGGUUCCCCUGUUCUCAGACAAAAACCUCCCCCUCGACGAGAUGCGACCCUGGGAUUUCAGUUGCCCUCCCCUCCAGAGCCCCCUGCAGUUGAAGCAGAGUAUUACACCAUUGCAGAGUUCCAGUCUUGCAUAUCGGAUGGCAUCAGUUUUAAUGGUGGACAGAAAGCUGAGGUGAUUGAAAAGAAUGCUGGUGGAUGGUGGUAUGUCCAGAUUGGCGAGAAGGAAGGCUGGGCUCCAUGUUCCUACAUUGACAAACGUAAAAAGCCCAACUUGAAUCGAAGAACAAGCACUCUGUGUCGGCCAAAAGUUCCCCCUCCUGCUCCGCCUGUCAAAAAACAGGAUUCAGUGGAGACAGGACCUCCCAGCAGCCCAGGAUCAGAGGCCCCAGAGUCUCCUGUAUCUCCUGGGAGGCCGGUUUAUGAAGAGCCCGAAUAUGACGUACCUGCCAUUGGAGACCUGGACAUGGAGUCUGAGUUUGAGUUUCUGAGGGGGGGAAGUUCCCUGGUGGAUUUAAAGAAUGAAGAAACUUCCUCUGAGAAGGGAUCUCAUUUGUCUUCAAAGCCAUCCCCUGCUUCAUCUCUCCACAGUGCCUCUUUUAAAUUGGGUGAAUCAUUUGAGGAUGGCCAAGAAGCGGAAGGAGAACCUGAGGGAGAGGAGGAGUGUAUCUAUGAAAAUGAUGGCUUCCUGCCCUUCAGGGAAACCCCAGAGAGGCAGUGCAGCAGAGACUCAAACUCAUCCAAGACAAGUGUGUUGUCAGAAAAUGGCAAGACUGCAAACCAGGCAUCAGGAGGAUGGAGAACUGCCGGUAACAGGCUCAAGAUUGACUUGAAUGGGAGCCCACUUUCAAACAAAUCUGAAGAAGCAUCAAGUCCCAAAUCUGCUUCGUCCGAGUCGACCCCAGAUCUGUCCAGACCAAAUAAGGAUCACGAAGAGAGCAAGAUGACAUCCUUCACCAAGCCUUCCUCUAAGCUAAGGCCUGUGGUGAGACCUAAGCCACUGGUAGCCAAAGCAUCUAGUGCAGAGAAGAUGGACAUCAGCACCUUAAGGAGACAGCUGCGGCCUACAGGUCAGCUGAAGAAUGGCACAAAAAGCAAAGGUGAAGAUUCUGAGACAGCUUCCGUCAUUUCCUCAGAAGAUUCCUUUUCCUCUCAAAGUACCUCCGACCUGUCAUCCAUCUACUCCAAAGGCAGUCGAGGAGAGUCUGACAUGGAAGGGUGCAAUCUGUAUCGCACAACAGAUCCCUACGAGAAAGUUCAAGACUCUGAGGUCAGCUUCCCUGCUGGGGUUGUAGUGGAAGUCCUUGAGAAGCAGGAAAGUGGCUGGUGGUAUAUCCGUUGGGGAGAUGCAGAGGGUUGGGCUCCAACAUACUUCUUGGAGCCUACCAGACAACAAGAUGACAUGGGAGAGUAUGAAUCCUAUGGUACCCCAACCAAACCCGGAUGCCUCAGCAAGUCCAACAGUCUAGAAAAGAAUGAGCAAAGGGUGCGGGUGUUGAACAGCAUCAACCAGAAUCUAAAGAAGGUUGUGCCACCCAUUCCUGCCAAACCUCCAGGUGGUUUGUCCAAACCUACAAGCUUGUUCAGCUCACUUAAACAAAAUAGCACCAAACAACAGCAGGUUGUCAGACCUCAGUCUGUCUUCAUCUCCGUGCCAAUCAGAGAUGCUUCCAACCCUGUUGUGUCCCUCAGGAGAAAUGAGUCUCUCAACUCAACAGACAACCCACGUGUCAGCCCCACAGUCCGACGCAAUGCCUCUUUUGGUGCUGUCCCUCGCAGCCUGCCGUCGAACAAUAGGAACAGAUCUGGUACCGGUAGCUCAGAGUCUUUGGGUCUGAGCUUUCAGAAGAAUGCCCUCCCACUGUCCCCAGUGAAACCUAAACCCCACAUCAUCCACAAUAACCUCAGGGAGGUGUACAUCUCCAUUGCAGAUUACCACGGUGACGAGGAGACCAUGGGGUUUCCUGAGGGAACAAGUCUGGAGGUUCUUGAAAGAAACCCUAAUGGCUGGUGGUAUUGCAAGGUUCUGGACAACGGCAGGCCAAGGAAAGGAUGGGUUCCCUCUAAUUACCUUGAAAUGAAGCACUAAGACUUCCUCUUGGGCUGACAGUGCCAUAGACAUGCAUGCCAAGUCUCACAGACGAAUUGCUUUACUCUAAAAGGGUAAUCCAAUGCCUACAUCAAUGCAAGCAUCAAGGUGAAACAGUAACCAAGGAACGGAUUACAUCUGGUAAAAUGAGUCAACAUGUUAAAGUACCUGAGACCUUGCAUUAAAAACUUGGGGUUUGGUGACAAAACCAAAGAGCAGCGGAUUUACUAAAUAUUUGCCAGCAGUUGCAGCGUCUUGCAGAAAUCUUUAC